AAAAUUUUAAUGUCAAUAGUUAUUUGAAAUGAUAGUUUGAACAUAUAUACUAAAGUGUAAAAGUCUUGAGAAAUUUAUCAUGACAAUCCGACCUUCACGGUAAGUUCACCCUUCCACAGAAUGCGGAUAUAUCAAUUGACUGACUUGUCAUAUGAUAUUGAUGAUAGAUAUCUUCGGGCCUUCUUAAAUUUGCCGUUUUCUCGAACUUAGGCGGGAUAAAACAGGCCUUGGUCCUGUUUAGUCUAAACAAGGGAGCAUUGGGCCUGUUUACACUCGAUUGGCAGGAAUUGUUGCUCAAUCUGCUUCUACACUCCGGACGUGGACCGGCCUCGUUGGGGCCUGUCGCUCGGAUAGGACCAAGGAAGUUUUAAAUUUUCUAUAUUCAAUAAGGCUAAACUUUAGAAUCCCCGAUCGGAAAUGACAUAGUUUGAUCGCAUUCAACUAUAAAUCCAUUGAACAGUGGUGCUUGGUUAGUCAACCGAUGACCUUUUUUUGGGGUGGGAUCGGGGAUUGUAAACUCGUUCCUUAAAUAAUUCUCCAUGUUCAAACCCAGUUCGUGAGACUAUUGUGACAUAGGUAUAAAGAGAUGAGUGCUUGUGCCUACUGAUUGACAGUGGCAUUGUCAUAGGAGCAAGUCUUUGUGUUUAACAAAAAAAAACAAAAAAACAAAAACAAAAAACAAAAACAAAAACAACUUGUUCCUAUCCAAGUUACAAGUUCAAUUAGUUGGGACGCAAUAAUAUAGACGUCACAUCACGAUUUAGAUAAUGUCGACCUACAUGUAAAUGUGGACCAGUGCAUUUUUAUUGCGCCCAUUCCCGCAUAUAGGCCUUACACUAUCGACAUGUCCAAUCUCUAGGCUUACUUGGUUUAUCUAAUAGCAUUGUAUAGGUCUAUACUUAAAGAUACUCAUUAAAAUGGCUGAUAAGCGGUUCGUCUGUAUUGGGGACUUUGAGGAAUAUGCGGCCACCCAUCUUCCAUCCGUCAGCAGGGUCUACACCAACCAUGGCGCCGACGAUGAAGUGACAAUGCGGGACAACGUCGAAGCAUUCAGAAGAUGGCGCCUCCGACCAAGAGUACUGGUCGAUGUUUCAAAGAGGACCACCAAAACCACGGUGCUUGGGCAUGCUAUAGACUUCCCCGUGUGUGUGGCACCGACCGGUUUCCAACGACUAGCCCAUCCAGACGGAGAAGUAGCCGUUGCGAAGGCCGCCGCUGACAUGAACACGAUCUACGUCAUGAGUUCAGGUGCGACGAGUAGCAUCGAAGAGGUGACCGCCGAGGCCCCCAACGGAGUAAAGUGGCUCCAACUAUACAUUCCCGAGGACAGGCGUUUGACGGAGCAGAUGAUCAGACGCGCAGAAAAGGCGGGCUUCUCUGCACUUGUGUUUACAGUGGAUUUACCACAGCUUGGCAAAAGGAGGGAAUCUUGUCGUAAGCCUUUUGAGAUCCCGCCGCAUCUCAAGUUGGGGAACUUUGGGGACAGCAUUGAUAAGGGGCUCAACGACGACCUUCAAGGCUACGGAGUUCCAACAGCUAAAGGGGAACAAUUUCAGGAUAACCUAACCUGGAAAGAUGUUGAUUGGCUAAGAUCCUUCUCCAAGCUACCAAUCAUGGCCAAGGGAAUAAUGACGGCAGAGGACGCGGAGCUGGCAGUGGAACAUGGAGUGUCGGCCAUCUUUGUUUCCAAUCAUGGCGGGAGGCAGCUAGAUGGCUGCCUGGCAACAAUAGACGUCCUCCCAGAGAUAGUGCAAGCUGUCAAAGGUCGCGUGGAGAUCUAUCUAGACGGAGGUGUGCGGACAGGGACCGACGUCCUGAAAGCACUUGCACUUGGCGCCAAAGCAGUCUUUUUGGGUCGUCCCAUUGUCUGGGGUUUGUCUUACAACGGCUAUGAAGGUGUAAGGAAGGUGCUUUCCAUCAUGAAGGAAGAGUUCAACUUGGCUUUAGCUCUGACAGGUUGCACUGGUCCGGCGAAUAUACGACCGUCACUGGUCGUGAGAGACUGUAGAUGUUCAAGGUUGUGAAAGGAAUUUGUUACCAGAAAAAAUGGAUUGACAAUAAUUGCCGGAAGAAAAGUGUCCGGGGGAUAUAUAUAACAUGUAUACUCGGACCCGUGUAGAUAUCACACUUUCACAUGUCAGAAAAAUAGAAAAAAGCAAUAAAAAUUGUGGUCUAAA